CGAUGAAGUUGCGCUCAUCUGGAUGUCCACACAGUCUCACCGAGGAGUCGCACUCGAGAAGUCCAUCUAAUUAAGCACCAGGAGGCUCUGUCAAGCAAUUUAGUUGGGCUACCAGCAAGAAAGGCGUCACGAAUGGAUUGUACUAUUUAUUUAAAAGAGGAUUUUACUCAUUUAAGUUUGAUCUGAGAAGAAUAAAUCAUCUUACCUUGCGCGCUCACACUAGGAUUUGUUUGUCAACUUAAGAUGGGAUCGGGAUUUAGGAUGGGAUAUCGUUUUUUCAUUGUGCUGCUUAUAUACGUACUCAUACCGGGAUGCAGAACAGAAAAGGGGAAUAUUACCGUAGCGGUGAUGCUGCCCGACAAUCUGAAGUAUUCGUGGGCAUCGCCGCGCGUCCUCCCCGCGAUCCGUAUGGCGCAAGAGAAAAUUCACAAGAGCGGUCUUUUAAGGGGACACACCAUCAACCUCCUUAACUUCAGCACAGAGGAUUCCUCUGGUUCUUGCUCGGAAAACGAGGCACAGAUUAUCGCCGUGGACACAAAACUUUACAACAAACCAGACGCGUUCAUCGGACCCGGCUGCACGUACUCGGUCGCGUCCGUCGGACGGUUCGCGUCCCACUGGAAACUUCCCCUGAUAACCGCGGGAGGACCAGCGUAUGGUUUUGAAAAGUCGGACGAGUUUAAAACUAUUGUCAGGACGGGCCCGACCACCACGAAACUCGGAGACUUUGUCAGUUAUCUGCACGCGCAUUUCAACUGGAGCAGUCGCGCGCUGAUGAUCUUCCACGACCUCAAACAAGACGACCGGCCUCAUUAUUUCCUCUCCGAGGGCAUUUACAUGAUUCUGCGAGAGGAAAACAUCACCGUGGUGGCUUUCCCUUAUGAAGAUCCACAGACUUUCAAUUAUAAAGACAUCAUCACAUUUAUAAAGGACAACGGGAGAAUUGUGUAUAUCUGUGGGCCUCUACAGACAUUUUUCCAAAUAAUGAAGCUCUUUGAAGAUGAGGUAAAGAACCCGGAGGACUACGCCAUCUUCUACAUUGACGUGUUUGCAGAGAGUUUAAGUGGUGAAGUUCCAAUGCCCUGGAAGGGUUCAGCGAUACAGUGGAAUGACCCCAUCAAGCUAUUUCAGUCUGUGUUCAUUGUAACAUACCGAGAGCCAGACAGCCCUGAGUAUACCGCUUUUCGCAAAGAACUCCACAAGAGAGCAAUGCAGGAUUUUAAUGUAAAAUUGGAACCCUCAAUGAUGGAUUUUAUUGCCGGCUGUUUCCAUGAUGGUUUUGUGCUAUAUGCAAAAGCCCUCAGUGAAGCGUUAGCAGACGACGUGUCUCAGAAUGAUGGAAUCAACAUAACUAGGAGAAUGCAAAACCGCAGGAUCUGGGGGGUGACUGGCCUUGUUAGCACAGAUCGGAACAAUGCCAGAUACACAGACUUUAGCCUUUGGGGAAUGACUAACCUGAAAACUGGACAAUACGCAAUUGUUGGUCACUACAAUGGGACCAGUAAAGAAAUCCUGUGGUCCCCAACAGAGAGAAUUCAGUGGCCAAAGGGUUUCCCACCCCUGGACUACCCACCGUGUGGAUUCUCACCAUGCAAGGAAGAUCAUCUUCCUGUCCUUGGAAUAGUGGCAGUUGGGUCUGGACUGGCCCUCAUAAUUUUUGGAAUCUCCAGUUUUCUCAUCUACAGGAAACUGAAGUUGGAGAAGGAGUUAGCUGGGAUGCUUUGGAGGAUACGGUGGGAGGAACUGCAGUUUGAAAGUCCCAACAAAUAUCACAAACGCGCAGGCAGCCGUCUCACUCUUUCCCAGAGAGGUUCCAGCUAUGGCUCCUUGAUAACAGCUCAUGGAAAAUAUCAGCUAUUUGCAAAAACAGGCUAUUUUAAGGGCAACCUGGUGGCUAUCAAACAUGUGAACAAGAAGAGGAUCGAGCUGACCAGACAAGUGCUGUUUGAACUAAAGCAUAUGAGAGAUGUGCAGUUCAACCAUUUGACAAGGUUUAUUGGCGCUUGUAUCGAUCCACCAAACAUCUGCAUUGUGACAGAGUAUUGCCCCAGGGGAAGUCUCCAGGACAUCCUUGAAAAUGAGAGCAUCAACCUGGACUGGAUGUUUCGAUACUCACUGAUCAAUGACAUUGUGAAGGGAAUGAAUUAUCUGCACAACAGUUACAUUGGCUCCCAUGGCAAUCUGAAAUCAUCGAAUUGUGUGGUGGAUAGCCGCUUCGUUUUGAAAAUCACAGAUUAUGGUCUGGCAAGCUUCCGUUCGUCUUGUGAAAAUGAAGACUCACAUGCACUGUACGCAAAAAAGCUAUGGACGGCCCCAGAGUUGCUGAUAUAUGAUAGGCAUCCACCCCAAGGAACCCAGAAAGGAGAUGUGUACAGUUUUGGGAUCAUACUACAGGAGAUAGCACUAAGGAACGGCCCAUUUUAUGUUGAAGGCAUGGAUCUCAGUCCCAAAGAGAUAAUCCAGAAGGUGCGGAAUGGCCAGAAGCCGUACUUCAGGCCUACCACAGAUAACAGCCGGCACUGUGAGGAGCUGACCAUCUUAAUGGAAGGCUGUUGGGCUGAAGACCCUGCAGAACGGCCUGACUUCAGCCACAUCAAGAUCUUUAUUGCAAAAUUGAACAAAGAAGGCAGCACCAGUAUUCUCAAUAACUUGCUGUCCAGAAUGGAACAAUAUGCCAAUAACCUGGAGAACCUAGUAGAGGAGCGAACACAGGCCUACCUCGAGGAGAAACGGAAAGCUGAAAAUCUUCUUUACCAAAUCCUUCCACAUUCAGUGGCGGAGCAGCUCAAGCGUGGGGAGACUGUACAGGCAGAAGCCUUUGAUAGUGUCACCAUCUAUUUCAGUGACAUAGUGGGCUUCACAUCAAUGUCUGCUGAGAGUACACCAUUACAGGUGGUGACACUGCUGAAUGAUCUCUACACAUGCUUUGAUGCCAUCAUUGAUAAUUUUGAUGUAUAUAAGGUGGAGACAAUCGGUGAUGCAUACAUGGUGGUCUCAGGUCUGCCUGUGAGGAAUGGGAAGCUACACGCACGUGAGAUAGCCAGCAUGUCACUGGCUUUACUGGAACAGGUUAAAACCUUCAAAAUCAGACACAGACCCAACGAUCAGCUACGAUUGCGAAUAGGAAUCCACACAGGCCCUGUCUGUGCUGGUGUAGUGGGUCUUAAGAUGCCCCGGUACUGUUUAUUCGGAGAUACUGUCAACACGGCAUCCCGCAUGGAGUCUACAGGGGAAGCUCUGAGGAUACAUAUGUCUUCAGCCACCAAAGAGGUACUGGAUGAGUUUGGCUAUUUCGAACUCCAGCUGCGAGGAGACGUGGAGAUGAAGGGUAAAGGCAAAAUGAGAACGUAUUGGCUUCUGGGAGAGAAGACAGAUGUCUAUGUUAUCUGAGAGCACUGCUGAUGACAGGAAGUCACCAGGAUCAGAGCCACUGUUUCAUAUAUUUGUUCUGUGUCUGAAAGGGUUUCUCGCUCUUGCAUGGAACAGCACAUUAUAAUACCUUUUGAGGGAGGUUAAUUCAGGUAUAUUUCAUACCUGCUUUAAAACUGCAAAAAUUGUAUAAUUGUGUUUUUUUUUUUACAGUUAAGAUUUCUUGUGCUGACCGUUAAGUAUGUCUUUCUGGGUGAAAGUCUUAUUUUUUGUGAUUUCUAUAUUUAGAUUUUUGGAAACUGGUGAUGUGUAUUUGACAUUUUCUUAACACAUUCAAGUGCAUUGAAUGGUGGUUGUCAAGACUGAGGACAGAGUGAAGUUUUAUCAUAAUGUAAUAUUUGUAUAUAUGUAUAUCCAAGACAUUGUAAGAUAUUUUGUUCAAUAAACUGAAUUAAAAGCA